AUGAUAUUUAAAGAAAAUCGUUAUAAAUAUCAAGCUUUUUUUCGUGGACAGUAUUUAGAGCCAUGUAGCCUUGUUCCAGAUGGAACCUCUCUUGAAGAACCAAUCAUAUUGAAACUCAUCAUGCGUCGUGAUACUACUCAAACGCAUGAUGAUGAUGUUACUGGUCAGAAUAUGUUAAUGGAUCCUCCUGACGAAAGUAGAACGAGAACAAUAUUUAACAAUCGUCAGGUGGUAUCGAAAUUUAAUAAAUGUAUGAACAGAUCCCAAUCUAAUAUGCAUAUAACUGAUCGAGAACUUGCUGAUCACGUCAGCAGCAGUGAAGAUAAUUUACUCUCGACAGAUGCUAACCUGUGUGAUGGUUGGACAUUUAAUGGUUUGCUAUCACAGGCAACAAACAGCUUGUGGCGCCGAAUGACAAAUGGAAAUAUUACAUCUCGUAAAUCAAAGUCGGAAUAG